AUGAACGGUCCGGAAACGAAGCUGAGGCGCUCGAUGGCGGAUGGGCCUGGCUUUUGGUCGACUAUCAUUACUGUCCUUGUCGGCGAAGACGAAGAGGUGAAGAAGUUCUUAGUACACCAAGAUCAGCUCACGAUAAGCUCCGAGUUCUUCAAGAAAGCGCUGAGUGGUGACUGGGAGGAGAGCUCUACCCGGACCGUCCAGCUACCUGAGACAGAUGUCACGGCGUUCGGUAUAUACGUCAAAUGGCUCUAUAGCGGGAAGUUCUACAUCAUGGAAGACAACGACAAGAGCGACAAGGAUGAGGAUGAUCUCAUUCCUGAUCAUGAGCUGGAUAAGUGGCAUAGUUGCUAUGUACUGGGCAGUUUCCUCCAAGAUCUGGACUUCAAGGACGCAUUGAUCGACAUGCUCAUUGAGAAGGCUCGGUUAGAACUCGCCUUCUCUAUACAUCUAGUUGAGUCGGUGUAUGAUUUCUCUUUAGCAACUUCCCCUCAUCGAGAACUGGUUGUACACGCUGUCGCACAUGUUUGGCCCAAUCCUUUCUUUCAAAUAAAAGUUUUGAAAGAGCAGCCCGCAGAGUUCUUGGCGGAUCUCCUGGUUUACAUUGGUCCGCCGGCGAAACUACGUAUAUUCCAAGCGCAGAGCGUCAACGACUUCUUCAAGGAUCUGAAGCCCUGCAGGUAUCACGAGCAUACUCUGAACAACAGUCCCUGUUACAAGACGAAGAAGAGGUUCUUCGCCUGAGCAUCUCGACCACUACCACGGCGACCCACACAUGGGCACACACUUUCCCACUUCAGUCCCUCCACCUACCCACCUGCUACACGAC